GUCCAUUGUUUGCAACUACAAAGACACCUGAAUUUAAUUGUUACCAAAACAAUAUCUACUAUCACAGGGACAUGACUAAAACAUUUAUUGUACCAAUAACUAAUGGGCAAUAACUUGAGAUUUGACAACAMGGUACUAAAUUUUCCAUCGUUGAUCGAUGACGGAAUAGCUCCCAUCACGGCACUAAAAAUUCAUAUCAAUUGACUAUUGUGACAGCCAUCAGAUGGGUCAAUGAACACAUUUGAAUUUCUAAUAUUUGCUUGACACUGCAUCCUGUAGUGAUAUUAGAAAAGAAGCCACCACACCAGCCAAGAAACUAUGAAUACGCUCCAUAGACCAGUGAUUUUAUGCAAAAUCGCCUUCCUAGUCGACUAUCUGARUGAUUAAAUGGAGUUCGUGGCUGCCAAGUCGAUCGUUUUGCACCUCUCUGCUAGCGUGAUAAUAUUGGUUUUGGGAAUUUGCGCCGAGGAUUCGAGAAAUACUACAAUAUCCCAYAAACAAUCUCUCUGCGUUUUCCCAGAAUUUCUUCAAACUAGCUGUUCUCCGUCGUCAAAAAUCUGUGAAUGGACUUUUGGUAAAAGGGUUUCAUUGCCACUUGAAGAACUGUCUUCUCCGCAGUCUGCGUUUCGAGCAGUUAGAGGCACUACAAAAUUGACAUGGAAAGUAUUGAACUCUACGAUUUUUGCCAGCGUUUUACAAGAGUCACAGCCUMGUACAAAAACAGUGGUUCGUGAAUAUCAUUGUUUAGAAAAAUAUUCUGAGGGUAAUGAUACGUUUAUUAUAUCGAAGAAAGAUCUAUCGGCAGACCCUGGCCAUGAUAUCAAUAACAACUUCAAUUGUAUUCGAUUUUUGUCGAGAAGUAGCUUAGUAAUACAGUACAAACUAGGGUCAUGGGUGCACAGUAUUCAGAACGUUUCCUGUCUAGAUAACAAUACAGUUUUGCAAGCGCACCCUUUGAUUUCAGAUCGUUAUUUCGGGAUAUUAGACUGCCCUCAGGAUCUUCGGGGAGGUUUUGAGAUAUUGCACAUAUACGAUGCCUCGAGGAAAAGACUAUGCUACUAUUCAAGGGGUGACUACGGCAUUUUAGAAUCCGAUUGCCUCGAAAAAGAUGGACUAAUAAUCGACUUUCGUAACACCCACAAUUGUACAAACCCCGAACUAGGAAAUAGCUAUCCRCGAGAACUAAAGUUACAAUGUCACAGUCGACCAUGGAUCGAAAGGAAUAUGACUUUUGUUAUGGCAUCACGACGCGCAAGGUGGUUGUAUGAAUACGAGAAGACGACUUUUCAUUGUCUCAUGUACAGGGCAAACCAUAGUCAAGGCGAAUUCGAUAUWUAUUUAAUAAAUGAGCCAAAAUGUGGACGAUUUAUGGACGAUGGACAUUUUGAUAAGUCCGAUGCUUUAGUUCUUCGUGUUCGUCGUAAAACGAGCGGCCGAGUUCAAAARUCUUCAUUAUUAACAGACAGGUGCAAUUUCCCUGUUGAGAUAGAAGGGUUGUGGCUGGAGGAGUCAAACCGCCGUUUAAAAACACUACAAAUUAACCAAGRAACCAUAAAAUUUCAAUCGGGAGACACUUAUCAAUGUAAAGAAAGGUUUAUUUUCAAGAACAAAUACUUAGGUUGCGAUCGAGGAGAAGACCGCUGGCCACUACAUGGCAGGAUUGGAUUUUACUACGACGAUUACACGCUAAUCAGUGAGUUUCAAAAUGGCUGCCGUCCAAGAAUUACACGACUCGGRUUGUCAGGARCAGUUGAUAAUCAMGYYCUAGUCUAUAGACUUUCUCAGAGUGAGCCAAUGGUUGACGAUGGGAGAUCUGCKCAGGAUUACUAUSAUCAYGAAGUAUUAAAGCGACUGUGURCAAUGAGUUACCUGUAUAUGCAAGAYCCYUACCCCUAYUGGGGUCGAAAUAUUGAAAAGAUUAUUCACAGACCAACACUGUCACCUCAACCMAUCGAAAAGUGCUCUUUAGUGUUUAAUAGCCGUCACAAUCUUUUGUCCACAGUUGCGGUAACACAUUCUUCGGAAUGCAACGGGGUGUCGUCUAAAAUUUAUUUCGGCUGCCAAGAAUCACGGGRUACACCCAAGAACAUUAAGAUUGUCUAUAACACAAACUGCCUAAAGAAAKAMCUUAAAUUCCAAUGCAUUGGAAGAGCUUGGAAAUUCGGGCACUUYAUUUUGCUACGUGACAUUACCACUCAACGACUGAAUUGCGUUUGGUUUGAUAAGAAAAGUAAGUCAAUCCUGAGGCUGGAUUCUCCGCAGUGUUCUGAAGUUGAUUUCGGUCAGCUACCUGGCCACGCAGACAAAUYUUCAGAGAGAUUUCAAAUCAAGUACUUUGAAAGAUGCCCRGAUGUCCCUGAUCCAACAGUACGUGCUAAAAUUGCUGUAAGCAGUAGCAAUGCGGAGCUGUUUCAUAACAUAUGGAUGAUUGCCAUAGCCAUACUUAUAAGUACUUUGGUAGCUCAUUAGAACAGAAAGUGUAGCAGUCUAUUUCGCGAAUUUCGGGAAAAAUCUUUUGCAAAAAAAUAGUUUAAAAAAAAAACGUGAUUGUGUUCCCACAACCUCCCCUCAUUUUUUGCAAAUGUUGUUUGUCRCCGAAAAAUUGCGGCGAAAUCGCAAGGGUUGAGCAAUACUAAGGAACUUGUGUACACCUUGCAAUGAGGAAAUGGGUUACUAGGAUGUUCCAUUGCAGAAGAUUCGUGUAGCAUGAUUGAUAAUUUUACAUAGAUCUUGAUUGGUUUUUCUAGGUUUUAUAUUAAAAAGUUUAGUCCAUAAAUAUAGUUAGGUUGAGCCAAAUUCGCGUUUUUGUAGUGUUUCUGUGACGUCAGUUUGCAUAAUUGUACUUUCAUAACUUAGAAGAACGCUACUACACAAGUGAGGAGAUUAUAUACAAUGCUAACAGACUGAAUUCAUUUGCGGUGAAUUCAGCUCAAACCAUUUAUACGAAUGCAAUAUAAUACUUAUAGUAUACUCAGGAAUAAAKUUAGAAUAUGAUAAUUUAUGAUUUAGAA